UCUGCUUGGAGACAAGUGCAGCAUGCAGACCUGUGACUUUUAUCUUCUGAUUUUCCUCCCUGUGUUGUUGUCCUCAGCCCAGACUGAAGAAAAACUAAAGGUUACAUUAAUCCUGAUAAUUGAAGGAACGCUUGUGUACAGCGAAGACUCAGUGACUCUGGAGUGCAGAAUUGAAGAUGACCUUACUGACUGGAUAUAUCGCUGGUACAAAGGGAGUGAAAGAAAUGUGGGGAAUCAGAUUAAGGGGGUUAAUGGACACACUUACACCAUCAAGUCUGUCACUCAGGGUGAAAAUGGAGUGUACCGCUGUGAAGCCUACGGAAGCAGUCCUACUCAUUCCUCAGAGUUUAGCAAUCCUGUUGAACUGACUGUUCAAGAAAGAACAGUCAGACUGGAUGUGAUCUCAAGUCAUACAGAUGGACGAAUAUUUGAAGGAGACCAGGUCAGCCUGCAGUGUCAUGUCAGUGGAAACACUGUUGGGUGGAAAUAUGAAUUGCACAUGGAGUUGGAUGGAAUACAAAGCCUUUAUAAAACAAAAAAGGAGGGCAUCUUCACAAUCAACCCAGUGACUCUCAGACAUAGAACAUUCUACUGUCAAGCUGGAAAAGGAAGACCUCACAUGCAUUCUAGUGAUGUUAUUAAGUUAGAUGUGUCAGAGCUAUUCAGUGAGCCCCACCUUACAGUCCAUCCUAGUCCCUUGGUUGGGUAUGGACACAAUGUGACCCUGAAGUGUCAGUCUAUGAUUGAAUUUCCAGAGAAACAACUGGUAUACCAAUUCCACAAAGAAACAGCAUCUAUUAGUCCAGAAACUUCACAGAAUCAAUUUACAAUCCAAUCAUUUCAAAUGGAGAAUACAGGGAGUUACUGGUGUGAUGUGGCAGUAAAAGGCACUGAGAAAAAAAGAAGUAACCAGGUGCAGGUAGCUGUGAGCGUGGAUUACACAACAGAGAAUGUCAUAAGUCUCGGAUUAUCAGGUCUGGUGCUACUUGUUCUGCUGGUCCUUGUGAGUGACUGCUUCUGGAUCAGAGUGCUCUCAGUAGGAGUCAGAAAGUGAUCUAUAACUGUGAAUGAAGGCAAGGUGACAUUCCUAGAAAUGACAAUGGGAGAGUGUUCAUCAUUACAUGACUCUAAAGUGAGAGACCAGCCCAACUUUAACCUUUUGUCCAUUUUAAUUGUACAUUUGUAUUAAUUUGCAGAUUUAACUAAGGAAAUCAUGAAGAUAAGCCUGAUUUGUUUUAAUUUGCAUAUGCAACACUAUAUUUUUUAUUUGAAAUCCAUCAUACUGAAACUAUAGUUGACAUGAAAAUUAACAAAUAAUAACCAACUUCAGACGUUUGUACAUAUUUGCCGAGAGUCCAGUUUUAACAGUGUGCCUCAUCUUUCAUUUUACUGUGGAAAUUUGUACUGUAAAAUGAGUGACCACGUUAUUAAGUUAAUCCACAUCAUUUCAUCAUCAGUGUUGUUCUCGUAAUGUUAUUUUAAAAAGGUAGACUGAAGCCAACAGAUUAUAUGUAUUACUAAUUAAAUAUAAAAAUGAUUAGGACUAAACAUUUAACUAACUUUGAAAACAGUAUGGUAAAAGGAGGUAAAGUUAUUAUUAUUAUAUGGCUAACGCCUUUGUCAAGGCCACUUACAUCAUUCAACAAAGUCAAUGGGUAAUAUUUCUUUUGUUUUACUCCAGUUGGAACACAGGCAACUGAAUUGACUUGCAUGUGGUCACGCAGCAUCAGUAACAGGAUUUCAACCUAUCACCUCAGGGUCUGAAGUCCAAAGUCUUAACCACUUCACCACACUGCCUGCCUAAGUUGUUGGCACAAGUGUAUUUAGAACAGCCAGAAUAGCAGCUCUAAAGUUGUUUUCACUGCUCUGGACAAUAAAAUAUUUUUUUUUUAA